AUGAGUAGUAAUUACGGUGCAACUAAUACGGCCUCAUUUAAUGAUACGUUCAAGGUAUCUGAUAAUGUUGCAAUUGUUAUUCCAGAAACUGAUACUCAAAUCACUUAUAGAGAUCUAUCUAAUAUGACUGGACAUUUCCAGUCAUUGUUCAACAAUUCGCAAUCUCCAUUAUAUGAUAUUGUUAAAAGACAAUCUACAGUUGCUAUUUCCAUUGUAAACGGAAUAGAAUUUAUUGUUGCCUUUUUGGGAGCCACUACCGAUUCUAAAAUUGGUGCUCCAUUAAAUCCAAAAUACAAGGAGAAGGAAUUCAACUUUUAUUUGAAUGACUUAAAAUCCAAGGUUGUUUGUGUUUCCAAGGGCACUUUAGCAAAAGAUAACAAAGGCAAAACAGCAGAAAUUGUUAAGUCAGCAAAACAUUUUGGUUGCUUUAUUGUGGAAUUGUAUUUUAAUCAAGAUAGGUUUCUUGUAGAAUAUGAUGUAUAUUCGCCAGAAGAUGACUACUCCACUAAAAAAUUUACCUCCUUGGAUUUGCCAGCCUAUCGUAACAAGAAUAAUGGGGAUAAAUUUCCCGGCUUUGCAAGAAGUUCUGAUGUCGCAUUAAUUUUACACACCAGCGGUACCACUUCGACCCCUAAAACAGUUCCUUUGUUACAUUUGAAUAUUGUGAGAAGCACUUUGAACAUCGCAAAAACAUAUAGCUUAACACCUGAGGAUAGAUCUUACCUGGUCAUGCCAUUGUUCCAUGUCCACGGCUUGAUUGGCGUUUUGUUGAGUACUUUUAGAACACAAGGUUCUGUUGUCGUUCCAAGCAGAUUUUCCGCAAAAAGAUUCUGGAAAGAUUUUAUUACAUAUGGAUGCAAUUGGUUUAGUUGUGUUCCAACAAUAUCUAUGAUUAUGUUAAAUGUUCCUAAGCCAACUCCAUUCCCUCACAUUAGAUUUAUCAGAUCGUGUUCUUCAUCUCUAGCACCAGCUACAUUCCACAAAAUGGAAAAGGAGUUUGGUGCCCCUGUUUUGGAGGCUUAUGCUAUGACUGAGGCAUCUCAUCAAAUGACCUCUAAUAACUUACCACCAGGAAAGAGGAAGCCAGGUACUGUAGGUCAACCACAAGGCGUUGACGUUUUUAUAUUGGAUGAUAAGGAUAAUGUUUUACCACAGGGCAAAGUUGGUGAAGUUUCGAUUAGGGGCGAAAAUGUCACACUAGGCUAUGCCAAUAAUCCAAAGGCAAACAAGGAAAAUUUUACUGAAAGAUUAAACUACUUUAGAACCGGUGACCAAGGGUUUUUCGAUAGUGAGGGAUUUUUAGUAUUGACUGGCAGAAUCAAAGAGUUGAUCAACAAGGGUGGUGAAAAGAUUUCACCAAUUGAGUUGGAUAGUAUCUUGUUGAGUAAUCCAAAGAUUGAGGAGGCAGUUUCCUUUGGUGUUCCGGAUGAAAAGUAUGGUCAAAUUGUUAAUGUUGCUGUUGUCUUAAAGCCUGGAUCUAAGUUGGAUAAUGACGAAUUGAUUAGAUAUUUAAAAACCAAAGUUAAUGACUUUAAAUUGCCUGAUAAGGUAUUUUUUGUUGAUAAGUUACCUAAAACUGCUACCGGUAAGAUUCAAAGACGUAUUAUUGCCCAAACUUUUGCUGGAAGAAAGAAUAAAUUAUAG